AACAAUAUGCAAGGGUUCACAUCUUGACUGCCGCUUCUACUUACAAGCAACUAUACAGCGCGACUCAACAACACUAUGUACAGUAGAGAAGCGACACUAGCGUCGCCGUCGCACUACAGUCAACCGUGUUCAAGUGCCCUUGCGGAGAGCAUGCGGGCGUCCUGCAAAGCCUGUUAAAAACAUGACUUGCACAACAACAAUAUUUACGCUCCUCAGAGAAUAGUUUUCCCUGUAUUUCUGCCCGUAAAGGCAUAAAAUACGAUCAAUAUUAUUAUUCUCUAAGUAGCACAUUCCCAACCCCGGCCUGUCCCUGCUCUGCUGCACUCCGUCUGCGGGUUCUCUUAUCUUGUUUUCCUCGUGCAUCGAUCGCCACCAAGAAGCACUGGUUUAGGAAGGAAGAGAGCCUGCAAGGAGCUUCUAAGUCUGUUAUUCUCUUGUUGCGGAGCACUAUCCACAAUCUCUCUCUCUCUCUCUCUCUCUCUCUCUCAUAGUGCUUCCUACCUCUGAAAUUUUGUAGAGCUACAACUAACAGUCCACUUUAAAGAUAAUUCAUUACAAGUAUGAAAAAAAGAAAAGGCAUAAAUAAAACAUGGUGCCCUACAAAGUUACUAUAACCAACUGUACAUUUAUCUUUUCACCGACUUUUUUUUUUUUCAGAUAUAGUCAUCUCUAUAAACAUAAGUAAAUAGGCGAAGAUGCAUGAAAGAAGCCGUUGUCAGGGCUACACGUGAUAGCCCGUGCAUGAAACGGAACCAACUUAUUUCUAGCUAUAAUCAAAGCUCCAAUAGUCUCUGUACUACAUCGUAGACACACGGCACAGUACAGGUUCAAACUUGAACAGAAAUAGUAACAGCGUAAAUCCGACCAAGUUACGUCAUAAUCUACCAAGCAAGGCUCCUUAACUCCGCCCCUCUCCGCUAAAUCUCCUCCCCUGCACUUCCUCCUUCCUUGUUCUCGCGCGUCAUGGCAUUUUCCAGCAAUUUCUCGUGAUAACACUUAAACGUACACACAAUAAUAUUUCCUUGUAACAAUACAAAUAUAUUACUUUUCUAUAUAACCUCUGAAAACUAAACACAUGUAUACUUAUGCAAUACACAUGUAUACAUUAGCUUCUUACCAAACGUUGCAUAUUAUUUGACACGAUGAAAGGGAGAGGAAGGGGAGGAAAGGACAGAACCACAGGUAUGAAAGGAAAGGAAGGGGGGAAAAGAGAGGAAAGUAAGGGGAAGAAGGAAUGAAAGACGCACGGAUGAAUGACAGUAAUGUAAUGCAAUGCAAGGAUAAGAAAGCGAUACUUGGCAACAGAGAGAGAGAGAGAGAGAGAGAGAGAGAGAGAGAGAGAGAGAGAGAGAGAGAGUUGCCAAUUAAAUACUAUAACAGUCAGAAUUUUACACAAAGCUUUUUUAAAAUUCAACUUUAUAAGACCAUAGGGAGACAGGAUAACACAAGUCACUCAAACUUACAAUGACACCACACAACCUCGUCACUGAGAAGCACAUUGCACCGGGACAGGCCGAUAAGGGUGGCCAGCCGAUAAAACCCUAUGGUAUUAUCACCCGUAGAGCCACUGAUGCUCAAGUUACGCUAACUAACGGGGUGACGGGGGAGGCGACGAGUAGACCGGCGAGCGUUCGGGAAGGUUCGGGAACCGCGCCAGUAUCUAUAAAUGCUGGGCGGGUUGGUGUCGGCGCCAGAAUAGCCGCAACAAGUGGCAAGAGGUGAACUGCUCUCCUCAUUUUCCGACCAGUAGCAUUCCAAGCAACACGCCACACACACACAAGAUGGCCAAGGCACGUGCAGUAGGCAUCGACUUGGGCACCACGUACUCCUGCGUGGGAGUCUUCCAGCACGGCAAGGUGGAGAUCAUCGCCAAUGACCAGGGCAACAGGACCACUCCGUCUUACGUGGCCUUCACAGACACCGAGCGGCUGAUUGGAGACGCCGCGAAGAACCAGGUGGCCAUGAACCCCAACAACACAGUAUUCGAUGCCAAGCGACUCAUCGGCAGGAAGUUCGACGACGCCACGGUGCAGAGUGACAUGAAGCAGUGGCCCUUCACCGUGGUUUCGGACGGCGGCAAGCCAAAGAUUAGCGUGGAGUACAAAGGAGAGGCCAAGAAAUUCUUCCCCGAGGAGAUCUCUUCCAUGGUCCUCAUCAAGAUGAAGGAGACGGCCGAGGCUUACCUGGGCACCACCGUCAAGGACGCCGUGGUCACUGUCCCCGCCUACUUCAACGACUCUCAGCGCCAGGCCACUAAGGACGCCGGCACCAUCUCAGGUAUGAACGUACUCAGGAUUAUCAACGAACCCACGGCCGCCGCUAUCGCCUACGGCCUUGACAAGAGGGUUGGAGGGGAACGCAAUGUCCUCAUCUUUGACUUGGGCGGUGGAACUUUCGAUGUGUCCAUUCUGACCAUCGAGGAUGGAAUCUUCGAGGUAAAGUCCACCGCCGGGGACACCCAUCUUGGCGGCGAAGACUUCGACAACAGGAUGGUGAACUUCUUCAUCCAAGAGUUCAAGAGGAAAUACAAGAAGGAUCUCUCAACGAAUAAGCGCGCCAUCCGCCGCCUGAGAACGGCAUGCGAGCGCGCCAAGAGAACCUUGUCCUCCUCCACCCAGGCCAGCAUUGAGAUCGACUCUCUAUUUGAGGGCAUUGAUUUCUACACAUCUGUCACACGUGCUCGCUUUGAGGAACUGUGCUCUGAUCUGUUCCGCGGCACAUUGGAGCCCGUGGAGAAGUCCCUGCGUGACGCCAAGUUGGACAAGGCUCAGAUCCACGACAUCGUGCUCGUCGGCGGAUCAACCAGGAUUCCCAAGAUUCAGAAGCUGCUUCAAGAUUUCUUCAAUGGCAAGGACCUGAACAAGUCGAUCAACCCCGACGAGGCGGUGGCGUACGGUGCAGCAGUGCAGGCAGCCAUCCUGUGCGGCGACAAGUCCGAGGAAGUCCAGGACCUGCUGCUGCUGGAUGUGACGCCGCUAUCCCUCGGCAUCGAGACAGCAGGCGGCGUGAUGACGGCACUCAUCAAGCGUAACACCACCAUCCCCACCAAGCAGACGCAGACCUUCACCACCUACUCGGACAACCAGCCCGGCGUGCUGAUUCAGGUAUACGAGGGCGAGCGCGCCAUGACCCGCGACAACAACCUGCUGGGCAAGUUCGAGCUGACGGGCAUCCCUCCCGCGCCCCGCGGCGUGCCUCAGAUCGAGGUGACCUUCGACAUCGAUGCCAACGGAAUCCUGAACGUGUCCGCCGUGGACAAGUCCACCGGCAAGGAGAACAAGAUCACCAUCACCAAUGACAAGGGUCGCCUCAGCAAGGAGGAGAUCGAGCGCAUGGUGAACGAGGCUGACAAGUAUCGCGCUGAGGAUGAACAGCAACGCGAGCGAAUCAGUGCCAAGAACAACCUGGAGUCAUACUGUUUCAACAUGAAGUCCACUGUGGAUGACGAGAAGUUCAAGGACAAGAUCCCCGAGAGUGACCGCACUGCCAUCCUGGACAAGUGCAACGAGACCAUCCAGUGGCUGGACGCCAACCAGCUGGCGGAGAAGGACGAGUAUGAGCACCGCCAGAAGGAGCUGGAGAAGGUGUGCAACCCCAUCAUCACCAAGAUGUACGCUGCGGCGGGCGGCGCGCCAGGUGGCAUGCCCGGCGGGAUGCCUGGCGGCCCCCAGGGCGGCAGCACCGGCGGCGGCAGCUCCGGACCAACCAUUGAGGAGGUGGAUUAAGCACUGUACCUGCAGCCCUCACGUGUGCCGGGGUGGAGCCUCCACUGUGAGGGCCCUAACUCAUGUCCCCUGUACUAUACUCUUAUUUAUUUAUUUAUUUAUUUAUUAUUUUUAAAUAACCACGAUAAUUUAUACAUUUAUACCUAAUUUAUAUAGAUAAUAAAUAUUUAUUAAAUAAU